AUGCUAUCAAAUGCUGGGAAGGCGUUGGAUGGUGCUCUCGUCCUCCUCUUUGGGCAAUACUUUUUCUUCUUCCUCAAACAGGACAGGCGCUAUGGAUUCGAGCUUGAAGAUGCGGAAGAGCUCGCCGCAACCCCCAUCUUCACCCAUGCUGUUCAUGAAUAUGGAUCGUCUUUAAAAACGGCAACCAAGAAGCCGUUUGCUCAAUACGGCCUGCUUGCUGGCAUCCUUGAAAAUACAUCUGCGGCUAGAAACAGUCCCGCAUUUGCUCCCAAGGAUCCCAGGCUCUUCUUUAACACUUCGACUCCAUCAAGUGUCUUCAUUUGUGGGAGCCAGGGCUCUGGGAAAAGUCACACUUUGAGCUGCAUUUUAGAGAACUGUCUAAUGAAGUCGAAAGCCAGUGUCUUGCAUCGCCCAUUAACGGGUAUCGUAUUUCAUUACGAUCCUUGGGUAUCUGCUUCCAGAGGCUCGCCUUGUGAGGCUGCCUAUCUGGCUUCAGUCCAAAAGAUCUCGGUCAGAGUUCUCUGCCCGCCAACAAAUGUGAAGCAAAUUGAGGGGAUUUACUCGAGACUUCCAAAUGUUCGGGUCGAGACUCUUCGGAUAAACCAAUCUGACCUGAACACCAAGAGGAUGAUGGACUUAAUGGCCAUCAGUUCCGUCCAAGGCGGCAUGCCACUGUAUAUGCAUGUGGUUCAGCGUAUUCUGAAGGACUUGCGAAUUGAGCAGCAAGAGAAAGAAACCACGUUCAAUUACCGCGAGUUCAAGCAGCGCCUACUGGAUGCCGCCUUGACGCCUGCCCAAAUCCAACCUCUUCAGCAGCGCCUUGAAACUCUGGAGAGCUUCAUGGUAAAGGAGCAAGUUGUUCAUAUUUCCAAAAAGAAGGCCAUUCAGGCCCAAGGUAAAGCGAAUAGUUGGGAGCCUAAAAGCGGCCAGCUCACCAUCAUCGAUCUGUCCUGCCCUUGCGUGACAGAGGAGACGGCAUGUUCACUCUUCAAUAUCUGCCUCAGUCUCUUCCUGGAGCAGAGUCCUCAAGUCGGCCGUGUGGUUGCGUUGGACGAAGCGCACAAAUUCAUGACGGACACGGCUGAAUGCCAAGUGCUGACAGAAUCGCUUCUAUCCAACAUUCGUUUGCAACGCCAUUUGGGACUUCGAGUCAUCAUAUCGACUCAAGAGCCCACCAUAUCUCCAAAACUGUUGGACCUAUGCUCUGUCACUAUCGUGCAUCGAUUUACUUCGCCAGACUGGCUGCAGAGCCUGAGGAAACACUUGGCCGGCGCAUCCCUUUCACUACUGUCCAAGGGUCAACACACCGCAAAUGGGGUACCCAAUGGUGAUGAAAAUGUUAACGGCAUUAGAAGUUUCGGUGAAAAUCCUCAUGAUGUUGCCGCAGAGCUCUUCGGCAAGAUUGUUGCUUUGCGACGCGGAGAAGCUCUGCUGUUCUGCCCAUCGGGUAUAGUUGGCGUGCGAACGACGGCUAUUAAAACAGAAAACGUGUCUUCUGCGAACAAAGAUUGGGCUGAUACUGAUGGGACGCAUGUUGCAAAGGAAGCAAGCCCGCAGCUCAUCAAACUGUCUUAUGGACACCUAAAGAUUCGGGUCCGGGGGAGGAUCACUCAGGAUGGAGGGAGAAGUAUUCUUGCAGUAUAA